CUUGUCUCCAUCCAUCACAACAGCAUCUUGCCUUUGCCAUCGACCAUACGCCCCUGGACAGCAGUAUCGCUGUGCUUCACAGUGAACGGAAGCCUUGAGGCGUAGUAACUGGCGUAGUUUUCUCCGGGAUGAGCACAUACCUCUACGAGCUGCCAACGACCGGCGCCAUCUCUUUCGCCGACUUCUGUGCCGACCAUAGCGCGGCGAAGAACUACUCAUCACACAUCACCGAUGCAACUCUGCAGCGCGCGAGUCUGCGCGCCGCCUUGAAGGAGAGCAAACGAACAGAGGGUGAUGAGAGGGACUAUCUGAGACAAGUCAAGGUCAUCGACGACUACCUCCCCCAACUCCUCGGCAUCAUGUCCUGCGUCGCCCACGACGAGAUCGGACUGCGCGAAGAGCCAGUCUUCAGCUGGCGCACGACGCUCUCCGCCAACGUCUUCCACAACUCCCCGCGCCUGAACAUUCCCACGCUGCACGGCGACCUCGCGUUCGCGCUGCUCACCUACGCCUUCCUGCUCUCCAACCACGCGCGCGCGGUCGUCGCGCCGCUCGGCGCCUACGAGCACGACCGCUCUAUCUCCGAUGCGGAGCGCCGCGCGAAGGACGAGAAGCUGAAUUUCGCCGUGUGCCUGCUGUGUCGGGCGAGCGGGCUGUUUGCGUAUAUCAGCGAGCGGGUGCUGGUCGACUGGGAGGCCAGCCGUGAUGGGGGUGCCGCCGGGUUCACGCGCCCGCCCGAUUUGCACAAAGAUGUGGUCACUGCGCUCGCGAAGAUGGCUCUCGCAGACGCGCAGACGCUCGCCAUCAGGAAGCUGCUCACACGAGCGGCAAACGACAGCGCUGUCAACCCCGGACCACCAUUGCCACGAUCCCAUCCAUCGCCCAGCCUUCUCGGCAAACUCCACCUCGAGUGUGCUGAGCUCUAUGGCGCUGCGCGGGCGUUGGCUAUGACGCCAGGAUCCGCAUCGAAAGAUGCAGGCGUGUCCCACGCAUUGCGGGCAUAUCUCACGACAGAGGCAGCCAUUCAUGCCGCUCUUGCACACAAGUGGCUAGGCAUUGACGCUGGUGAGAACGGCGGAUCGGAGAAGGGCGGCGAAGCGGUGGGCUGGCUGUUAUGGGCGAAGAAGGAGCUCGAGGCGAUCCGAGACGCGAGCAAGGGCGUCAAGAGCAUCGCGCUCAAGAAAGAUGAGGCUAGGGGAUUGCGCAAAGACCGUGUUGCCGACGAGCUUGCCACGGUCAACACCUUUCUCAAGCACUACAAGAAGACCAACGAUUCAAUACACUUUCAGCCGGUACCCACACAGCCGGAGCUGCAGUCGCGCAUACCAGCAGGUCGCGCCGCUGUGGCCGCUAAACCUUAUGUGCCGCCGAUGCCGGCAUUUGGCCCAGGCAGCGUCGAAUACACGCGAAGGCAGACGGAGAAUGUAGAACUACACGAUGGCGACGAGCAUGCGGAGAGGCCUGCCGCGGAUAGAAGCACUUCGGAAGCCUCCAACUACUCAGGCGCAGGGUCUUACUAUUGAGCUCGUUGCACAAGUUCGUACGUGCAUCAGGCUACCCUGCGUCCCCCAGUCGCUGACUUUUGUCAAGGGCAUGUUGUUUGUACAUAGGCUUUGACGCUGCAAGAUGACGUGAACAAUGGCUGCGC